AUGUGCCAAAAGCGCAGCAUCAAGAAAGCGAGCAAUUCGAGCAAAGGCUUGCUGUCCUCUCUCCUCACGACAGCCACGCCCGUGUCGUCAGCGUCCAUCAAACAGCCCCAGGCAGCAUCAUACAAGCUGGGAUAUUCGAGGUCCCUUUCACAGAAAGGCGGAAGCAUGACCUCCAUCAGCACAAGCCCCGAGACCGAGAUACCCGUCGUUCGGCCGUCUAGACCUCCCACCGAACAAAAGCGAAUAAGGCCAGUAAUUGAAUUGUCUUCAAGCCCCGAAUAG